AUGACCUUGUUGAGUCGGAGAUGUGUUUUCAAUCUUUCUCCUCUAGUUGAGGUUUCAGCUGCACAGCUGCAUUUGGGACACUGCAAUCCAAAAUAUAAACUAGUUGUUAAUCCUCAUAAAGAAGAUACGAUUAAAAGUGGUUUUGAGAAUGUGACAAGAUGGCUUAUAGUAGCAGAUAUAUUGAGAGGUCUACGGUUAACCCUUGGUAUGGUGUUUAAGGAGCCUGCAACCUUAAACUACCCUUUCGAGAAGGGUCCUCUCAGUCCAAGAUUUCGUGGUGAGCAUGCUUUACGUAGGUACCCUAGUGGUGAAGAACGGUGCAUCGCUUGCAAACUUUGCGAAGCUAUAUGUCCAGCUCAAGCAAUCACUAUUGAGGCUGAGCCAAGAGCGGAUGGGAGUAGAAGGACAACUAGAUAUGAUAUUGAUAUGACAAAGUGCAUUUAUUGCGGAUUUUGCCAGGAAGCGUGUCCAGUAGACGCCAUCGUAGAGGGACCGAACUUCGAAUAUUCUACUGAAACACAUGAAGAAUUACUGUAUAAUAAAGAAAAAUUGCUGCAAAAUGGUGAUAGAUGGGAAGUCGAAAUCUCAGAAAACCUGAAAGCAGAUUAUGUGUAUCGAUGA